UGAAAAGAAAAUGAAAUUGGUUGCCUUCCACAACCGAAAAAAAGGGCAAAAAAGAAGAGAGCUUGGAAUCCAAAAACCCCUUUUACUUUUGCAGAUUCUCUGAAUGCCCGACCAAAAUCAGUGAAAAAGAGGGAGGGAAACUCUAAGCAAAUUAAAAUUUGAUCGAUCGACGAUCAUCAUCCUAUCAUGUCGUUUUCCUUCUUCAAGCCGUCUCGGCCUAAAACGCCGCAAGAGGUGGUCAGAGCAGUGAAAGAUAGCCUCAUGGCUCUCGAUACCAAAACUGUUGUUGACGUUAAAGCUCUCGAGAAGGCGAUGGAAGAAGUUGAGAAAAAUCUUGUGGCAGUGAGAUGUAUGCUCUGUGGAGAUGGAGAGGUCGAACCAAAUAUAGAUCAAGUAUCACAGCUGGUGCUUGAAGUUUGUAAAGAGGACGUUCUUGCUCUUGUGAUUCACAAACUCCCUAACUUGGGAUGGGAAGCGAGAAAGGAUUUAGUCCAUUGUUGGUCCGUGUUGUUGAAGCAAAAGGUUGAUUCCAAAUAUUGCUCCGUAGAAUAUAUAGAGAACCAUUUUGAAUUAUUAGACUUUCUUGUCGUGUGUUAUGAUAACAAGGAAAUUGCCUUGAACUGUGGACUUAUGUUAAGGGAGUGCAUCAAAUUUCCAACCCUUGCAAAAUACAUAUUAGAGUCUGCAAGCUUUGAAUUGUUCUUCAAAUUUGUGGAGUUGCCAAAUUUUGAUGUUGCUUCUGAUGCUUUCUCUACUUUCAAGGAUUUGCUUACUAAACAUGGCACUGUGGUUGCUGAAUAUCUCACUGCACACUAUGACGAGUUCUUUGAUCUGUAUGAAAAACUAUUGACAUCUCCUAAUUAUGUGACAAGAAGGCAAUCAUUGAAGCUUCUCUCGGAAUUCCUUUUGGAGGCUCCAAAUUCCCAUAUAAUGAAGCGCUAUGUUUUAGAAGUUCGGUACUUAAAAGUCAUGAUGACAUUGCUGAAGGACUCGAGCAAAAACAUUCAGAUCUCUGCUUUCCACAUUUUCAAGGUUUUUGUUGCCAAUCCCAACAAGCCACGAGAAGUAAAAGUAAUUUUGGCAAAAAACAAUGAAAGACUGGUGGAACUACUUGAUAAUCUUUCCAUUGGAAAAGGUUCUGAGGAUGAGCAAUUUGAAGAGGAAAAGGAACUGAUAAUUAAGGAAAUUAAGAGGCUAUCAUGCCAGCCAAUUUUGGAUAGUUAGGUCCUAAUCUUAGUAGCUGUUUUUUUUGUUCCCCCAUUUUUACUGAGAUAUCAUCUUGUGGUUUAUGCUAAUUCUAUGUGAUGACCUGCAAUUGCUGUUCGCUGAGAAGUGGUUUUUGGGGAGUUUCAAGCACUAGUCUGAGAGAUAUUUGGUGGUCAUUUUUUUUUGCACCAGAAGUCGUACUGAGUAUCCUUGGUCUAAAACACGUAUAAAAUUUGUUGGUUUUGAGUGAUCAAAGGUAUUGUAUCAUAUGGAGUUUGUUGUUCUUGCUUUUGAUCUUGUUCGUGCAACACUUGGUGGAUUCAAGGCAUGGUUUUCUUGUAAGCAAAUAUUAAGUUUAUUACACUUAUAUGGUUCAAGACUGGUGAUUGUAGCAUUGGAAAUGCAUAUUAUACAUGAAAUAUAAUUUCAACGGAUUGUUGGAUUCAUUCUA